GUACGCAGGAAGCCUUCUUUGGGGAACUGGCCAUGUGGCAAGACAAGCCAGUGUCCCGACCUUGGUCUGCCCAAGAUGAUGCCGCUUUUCACGAUGCCAUUGCGCGCAACGACUCGCAAACAGCAUGGAGUACUUGGCUUGGCUGUGCUCUCGGUUUGACGGGACAAGAGACUCCUUACAGAACCGCCAAGGGAGCGGUCGUUGCUAAGGACACGGUGGAGCUGAGGAAUUCUCUCAACGAUCGCCGGCGCAGUGCCAUCGCGGCAUGGAAGAUCCGAAUGCGAGACGUUCGGAAACAGGUUCUGGCGGCUCAGACCUUCAGUGAGGUUGUGGCUUCCAAGGCUACGCCCUUUCCGGGCCUUCCGGAGUGGACCAUUCAGGACAUUCGAGCUCAGGUUCGUUCCACGGCGGCUGGUCUUGAUGGGAUUUCUUUCCAACACAUCGGCGAUCUGGAAGAUGAGCAUCUUCAACGGCUUGUUGACUUGUUCAAUGCUUUUGACAAGGGGCUUCCCUUUCCAGCUUCGUGGAGCAACGCUCGUCUGGUUUGUAUCCCGAAGGAUGAUGGGUCGGCACGGCCUUUGUCUAUUUUGCAUACUGUUUACAGAAUGUGGGCGGCUCGAACUGCGAAGCACUUCGGCGAGUGGUGCUCCUGGUUUCCGGAUGAACUUGUCGGCGGUCGCAAUGGCGCUCCGUCUGCUGUGGAUACGGGGAACGAGGUUUCCUCCUGGCUUGCCGCCUCGCAUUUCGAUGAUGCUUUUCUGGCUGGCGCUUGUCUUGACACGAUUAAGUGCUUCGACACCGUGAGCCUGCACAGUCUCAAGGCUCUCCUGCGGCAUGCGGGCGCCCCGAUUUGCAUGUUCAACGUCGUGAGCAUUUGGGAAAGCUUGACGAGACAUGUUUGGCUCUGCGAUGGGCCCACCGGCGUGACCAUCAAAGCAGCGGAGCAGAGGGGACUUCCUCAGGGGGACCCUCUUGCCCCGUGGGCCCUCAACCUCGUGAUGGCUGCUUGGGUUUGGAGCCUUCCCAAGCUUGAUUUGCUUCGUGUUUUCUUAGACGACAGAUGUCUCUUAAACAAGGAUGUUGACGUGCUGGCCUCGGCGCUUCGGGCCACGAGGGUCUUCGAUGCUGCUUUUGGGUUGAGCAUCCAUCCCUUGAAAUCUUGCAGAUUCUUUGUGGGGCCUGCUCAAGAUGAUGUUUCAGCUGCUGAGUGGCGUCGACUUCCACUUAAGGAGUCUGUCAAGUACCUCGGUGUCAUGCUCGAGACAGCAUCUGGCGCUGACUGCACGCUGGGUGAUCACAGAGCCUCUGUGGUACGCUCCAAGGUACUGCGUGCUCGCCUCCUCCCUAAUCGGGAGACACGGAGAGGUCUGCUUGCAGCAUACUUGCAAGGUCUGUAUGCUGAAGGCACUCCUGUGUCUCAGCUGGUCAUCGAUAAGCUCAGGACGGCCGUCGUUCAAGCUUGGUGGGGACCGACCCUGCACCCUCAUAAUUACAUGAGAAGCACAGCUUUGACAUUGGGCCUUCUGGCCCCCUUGCAUCGCAUGGAUCCCAGCAUGAUUCAGUGUUACUCUGCAGUUGUUGCGCUUGCGCGUCUCUCUCUGCGCAGUCAGCCAGUCGUCAGAGUUCUCUGGCGGGCCUGCUCUAGGCUUCGAGGUACGGUUGUCGGAUUUGCUAGGUUGGUUCGUCGGUCGUUGAAGGUUUUGGGCUGGACCUGGCCUGAUUGGGAGCAUGUUUGUCCUCGAGAGGAUUGUGCGAUUAGGUUGACUGAUCUUGCACGCAAAGAUCGGGAAGGACAGAAGGCAAAGCAUGUGCUUCGCUGUGAGCUGCGCUCGUGGUGGUGGAAGCACUGGGAUGGCAGUAGAAUUUGUCAUGAGGGCUUGUCUUCAGGAAUCGACAGACGGCGUACCUUGCAGCCGUUGAUCGAGCUGGGAUGCCGCCGUCGUACCUUCGGGUGGGACGGCUCUGACUUAGGUGCUCGCUACGCCCGCUUCCUCGCGGACGCGCUGUGGAGCAGACACCGUCUGUUCAAAGCAUCUAAGGUGGCUGACGCGCGCUGCCGGCGCUGUGGCCUCGACGACGAACACACCGAUCACUUCUUAUGGUCCUGCGGCGCCAACGACGCUGCGCGACGAGAGCUGGCAGUUGCUUGGACGGCCGCCAUGGUUCCAGGAGGAGUUCCUGCUGCAGCUCUUCCCGGCUGCCUGCCUCAGUGCAUGCGACAGACUGGCGUAAUCACGCUUAACUGCGGCUUCACGGAUGGUCAAAUCCAAGCUUUGCAGCGCUACUUUGUGCGGGUAUUAUGCGAAUGGGCUGCUCAUCGUCAAGAUGCUGCCGAGGAACAGGAUGCUGAAGGCGAUCCUUUCCAUGCUUUGCUUAGCGAGGAGAGUGACUGA